AUGGACGCCUUUUCCGACUCGGGUGAAUUAUACACCAUCAGAUAUCAAUUUUACACCAACCAACACAACAAAGUCAAAUCUUACUCACUUGAAGAAUUCUCUGAGGAAAAUCAAUUGAAAGUAUUGGAAUUUCAAAUUAGAUCAACAAUAGCAUUAAAUCAAGAUGCCUCACAAUUAAUUGAGCAAGGUAAAAGUAGGUUCCCUGACAACGAGGAUUUUUUCCAAUUGCUACAAGCGUGGAACGACUUGCAUGAUUUUGGCACUGAUGAUUCUACUCAUUUUGAAGAUUUGAAACAAGCACACUUUGAAUUACAAGCAAUCUUGACUUCACUUUACUUGGUUAAAUUUGCCAAAGAUAUUGACCAAAGCAUCAAUUUCCUUACUGGUUACAUUGACAAAUUGAAUAAUUUACAAAAGUAUAAUGAAAUUGAAGUGUUUUUGAUCUUGAUUCAAUUGUAUUUCAUCAAGGGAAACUUCAAGCAGGCUACAGCCAUUUUCAAAGUGUUGAAUCUGUUUCCAGACUUUUCCCGUGACAACAUCAUUUACCAAAUAAUUGAAAGUUGGUAUAUCAGUAUUCAAAAUGGAACUGACAAUGUCAACAACAGUUAUUCUCUUUAUGAUGAAAUUUUGAGCAAUGGCUACAGUGAUGAUGAUGUACAGGGUAAAGUCCACAACUUGACCGUGUUGUUAGUCUUGACAUUGCAGUUGAAACAUUACCCUGAAGCCCAAGAAGUGUUGGACCAAAUCACAACUUUGACGACUGAGAAGAGUGCCGAUUUGAUUGCAAAUCAAAUAACAUUGGAUAGAUUGGUUAAUCAUGGACAAGGAACUAAGGAAUUGUUAACAGAGUUGAAGAAAGUCGAUGCUGGGCAUGAUUUGAUCAAGGAUGAAGAGUCAAAGAAUGCAAUUUUUGAUGCAAUUGUAGCCAAAUAUCAAACUGUUUAG